AUUUAAAUGAGAAUAUUCGUUUUUAAAAAUGGUGUCUUCGAGCUUCAGCAACGUCGGAUUGUUCCCCUAACCUCGUUUUUUUCAAGACCAUCAAAACAAACAAAAUGGUAAGGAAGCGUAAUAAAAGGAAAUCGCGGGGCAAAAUUUAUCAGAGCGACGAAAGCGACGAUGAGGUUAAAAGUGAUAGUCCUGUUCCGGAAGAGCCGGUGCAAAAAACGUACAGUUUGCGUAAAAGAAGCCGACCGAAUUUUUCCGAAGGUUUCGAAUACGAUUUGGACGAUGAUGGGUGCAUAGAAAAGUUGGAAUCCGAGGAUGAAGAGUUUGUUUUGGAAGGCGGUAACGAUGAGGGUGUGCUUCCACAGUUAGAAUUGGAACCUUCGGAAGGUGAUGAGUUUGUGAACGAAUCUACAUAUGUGAAGAAAAUCGAGCCUGAAAAAACGACAGAAGUAAAACCCGACGAGUUGAUAGACUUUGAGGACAUGAUAAGGGCCGAUAUUGUUGUGAAUAGUAAUAUUAUUGAUUAUGAUAACCUCAUUGAGAAAUCGGAGAUCAAAGUGUUACAAUUUAAUAAACCAAUAGAAGAAAAACCAGCAAGUAAACUGCCUGGGAAGAAAAGAGGUAGAAAACCGAAAAAUUACAAUGAGACAAACAGUGUCGAAAAUGGACACAGCAUAUUCCAAGACCUUUUAGUACCUAUGAUAGAAAGUACAACUCACAAUGACUCAAAUAGUAGUGACGAUCUUCCAUUGGCUGUGGCAUUCAGACGGCAGUCAAAAUCCGAAGAUACAAUACCAAAUGGACAAAACGACACAGACAUAGCAGCUAUAAAUACAGAUAUAACAUCUGAAGCUGAUAAUUUAAACGGCAAUUCUUCUCCGAUGAAGCUAGUACCCUCAGUGGAAUCUCAAGGUUCGGAGGACGAUGUGGUUUUAGUUGAAGAGCCCCAACAAAUAAUUGUGUUAGAUGAUGAUUAAUGUGCCCGUUUUCGCGGUAUCCUUUAGUAUUUAUUUAUGUUUUUAAUAAAUGUCCAUUAUAAUACAGUUUUUAUGCAUAUUGGGUCUGAAAAUGAUUGUUUAAAUGCCAUGCAAUGAAAUUCCAAAAUAAUUUUUUGCUCCAAUGUGCAUGACUGAUUGAUUUUUUGUGAUAAUUCUGUAUGAAUUUGAUUAAAUUUGUAUUUUUUUUUUGCAAUAAUUAUGAAAUUAAAUUAUGAACAAAAAUUGGUUUAUAAUGUCUUCAUAUAAUUUUGUUGGUAUGAAAGUAUUGACAUUUGUUACUGUGUACUUUUUUAAUUUUAUUUUAAAGAUUUGUAUUCC